AUGGCUCCCAAGGCGAAGCAGCCGGUCUACGUGAUCGGCGUGGGCAUGACCAAGUUCAUCAAGCCCAGGGGCAAGGUCGACUACACCGAGCUCGGCUUCGAGGCCGGCAUCAAGGCCCUGCUCGACGCCCAGAUCAACUACGACGACGUCGAGCAGGGCGUCGCCUGCUACUGCUACGGCGACUCCACCUGCGGCCAGCGCGUCUUCUACCAGUUCGGCAUGACCCAGAUCCCCAUCUACAACGUCAACAACAACUGCUCCACCGGCUCCACCGGCCUGUUCAUGGGCCGCAGCAUCAUCGGCCACGGCGGCGCCGACUGCGUCAUGGUCGUCGGCUUCGAGAAGAUGAUGCCCGGCAGCCUGCAGUCCUUCUGGAACGACCGCUCCAACCCCACCGGCACCACCGGCGAGAUGAUGGCCGCCACCCGCGGCGUCACCAAGGCCCCCGGCGCCGCCCAGAUGUUUGGCAACGCCGGCCGCGAGUACAUGGAGAAGUUCGGCGCCAAGCCCGAGGACUUUGCCGAGAUCGCCCGCAUCAACCACGAGCACUCGGUCAAGAACCCCUACAGCCAGUUCCACGACGUCUACACCCUCGAGCAGAUCAUGAAGUCGCCCGCCAUCCACGAGCCCCUGACCAAGCUGCAGUGCUGCCCGACCUCGGACGGCGGCGCGGCCGCCAUCCUCUGCUCCCAGGCCUUCCUCGACGCCCGCCCCCACCUCAAGGACCAGGCCGUGCUCAUCGCCGGCCAGCACCUCGCCACCGACGCGCCCUCGCUCUUCUCCCGCUCCGCCAUCGACCUCAUGGGCUACGAGAUGAGCCAGAAGGCCGCCCGCGUCGCCAUGGCCGAGGCCGGCGUCACCCCGCGCGACUUCCAGGUCUGCGAGCUGCACGACUGCUUCAGCGCCAACGAGAUGAUCGUCAUCGACGCCCUCGGCCUGUCCGAGCACGGCAAGGCCCACGAGAUGGUCCGCGCCGGCGACAUCACCUACGGCGGCAAGAUCGUCAUCAACCCGUCCGGAGGGCUCAUCUCCAAGGGCCACCCCCUCGGCGCCACGGGCAUCGCCCAGUGCGCCGAGCUCGUCUGGCACCUGCGCGGCUGGGCCAACAACCGCGCCGUCCCGCACACCAGGCACUGCCUGCAGCACAACCUCGGCCUCGGCGGCGCCGCCGUCGUCACCGUCUACCGCCGCGCCGACGGCAAGGAGGCGCCCCUCGUCGACAACGCCGCCGUCGGCCGCCACAACAAGCUCGGCUACAACCCGGCCGUCGAGGCCAAGGGCUUCACCGCCGCCCAGGCCAAGGCCGCCCGCAGCCAGGAGAAGGCCAGCGCGUGGGCUCUGGGCGACACCGAGCAGAAGGUCGAGGCUCGCUUCUAG